CCGGGCACUUCCAGCAUGGCGGAACCGCCGCCAGCGGGACCCCCGCCGCCGCCUGCGGUCACACGGCAGAUCGGCAGCCGAAGCCUUUCGCGGCCAACCGGGGAAGAUUCGCCCCCGGAACUGCGGGACGCCGCCCAGCGCCUGGUGGUGGAUGUGCUCGGGAAGGAGAUCCCGUUCGGCGUCCUUUACAGGGAGCGGAAGGCGAUCGUGGUGUUCGUGCGGCAUUUUCUGUGUUAUACUUGUAAGGAAUAUGUCGAGGAUCUGGGCAAAAUUCCCAAGAAAUUUUUACAAGAUGCAGAUGUCAGACUUGUAGUUAUUGGACAAUCAUCACACCACCAUAUUAAGCCAUUUUGCAAUUUGACAGGUUAUCCUCAUGAAAUGUACGUAGAUCCUGAAAAGGAAAUUUAUAGAAUGCUUGGGAUGAAAAGGGGGGAAGCAUCCAUUGCCUCAGUGCAGAGCCCUCACGUUAAAUCCAGCUUGCUAUCAGGAAGCAUUAAAAGCAUGCUGAGAGCAAUGGCAAGCCCUGCAUUUGACUUUCAAGGAGAUCCAGCUCAGCAGGGAGGUACCUUGAUUUUAGGUCCAGAUAAUGAAAUCCACUUUGUGCACCUGGACAAGAACAGGUUGGAUCACGCUCCCAUUAACACUGUUUUGCAAUGUGCAGGAGUUCAAACAGUAGACUUCACCCACCGAUCUCAGAUUAUUGAAGUGUGAGUUUUCGAAAGAAGGAAACUCCAGGUGGCAAGUGAAAUGAUACACAGCAAAAGUUGAUUCCAGCAAAUCACCGGGCUGAGGUUACUGUAACUUUGCUAAAUGAAAGAUCCCUGGCUAUUAGGUAGACUGGUUUCUGGUAGGUGAGAAAAGGACUUCAUACUUAAUAUUGUAUUCAAGGAAGCAAUGUUUACACUAUGAUGCAUUUAACAAGAAAUCAUUUGUAUAAAUCUGCUGCACAAAAAGAUACUUUGAGGCUGUAAUCCUGUACCCACUUUACUUGUAAUUAAGUUGCAUUGAACUCAGUGUGGCUUACUUCUGAGUAGACACACACAGAAUUGCAUUGUAAAUGUUGCUUGUCAUAAACAGAGUAUGCAUUUUAUUCUAUUCACAGCAUUUUGUUGAUUGUUUAGCCUUUUCUACCAUUCCUUCCCAAGGAUUUAAUAAAAUGAAAUACUCAUCUACAGAUCUAAAUAAAAAAGUAAAUUUCUACGAUUUC